AUGGAUCCAGUAACUUUACCAUGUGGAAACACCUUCUGUCGCUCAUGUUUAAUGCAAUAUACUUCUUUACCAAACGGAAGGUUUAAUUGUCCUAUAGUGGGUUGUAGUAGAAUACAUUGUAAAGAUGCUAGAACCGAUGUCACCAUACAAAAAUUAUCUGAUAGGUGUCCAAAUCAAGCAAUAAGAGAUAUACUAGUACAAGAUGUCGAAUGUACAGUCUGUUUUCAUUUAUUUUUAGACCCUAUAACAACAUCUUGCGGCCACACUUUUUGUAAAUCAUGUCUAACACGUUCCCUAGAUCAUUCUGGCUCAUGUCCUUUAUGUAGACAUCCUUUUCACAAUUACGCCUCAAUCCUCAAUCAUCCAGUGAACAAAUCUAUUACUACCUUCAUAAAGUCAAUGUAUCCAUCCUUAUUUUUCGAUAGAAUACGACUUGCAGAAUCUGAAUUAAGCGACACAAUGCGCGAGACUCCGCUAUUCAUUUCAACAUUAAUCUUUCCGAGUAUGCCUUGUUUCAUACAUAUAUCUGAAGCUCAUUAUAGACUGAUGUUAAGAAGAUGUUUAGACUCCAGAGCACGUCAAUUUGGCAUGGUGUUAGGACGUGGUGGUAAUAACGACUAUUAUGAGUAUGGGACAAUGUUAGAAAUCAAAUCAGCCGAGUUCUUAACAGAUGGUCGUUCACUGGUUGAAACAAUCGGCACAUAUCGUUUCAGAAUAUUGUCAAGGUCAAAAAAGGAUGGUUACGAUGUUGGCGAUAUUGAAAGGAUAGAUGAUGUGAGUCCAGAUGAAGAAGCUGACUUGGAAAGAGAUGCAAUCCGGCGAGCAGAAAUAAAUAAUCAAGACCCUAGUAAUCCUAGGAUAUACGAGCCUACAACUUCUGAACUUAUAGCAACGGCACAUCAAUUUAUUGAAACUUUGAAAAAUGGUAAUGCUCCAUGGGUACUACCACAUCUCAAUACUACAUUUGGUGAUAUGCCUGACGACCCAUCUGAUUUUUCUUUUUGGGUUGCUUCUUUCAUUCCAAUUGACGACUCUGAAAAAUAUAAAUUGUUGGAGAAAAGAUCAAUCAGAGAGCGAUUGAAGAUGGUCGUGUCUUGGAUUAAUCAAUUAAAAGAACAAUGGUGGUUUGCUCGUGAUUGUGUAAUUUCAUGA